CAAACCCCUUCAAACUAUCCUCGCAACCCUACCCAUCAACCUUCACUAUACCCAAUUGAACGCAAGCCGUGUCAAUUCUAUAACCGACUCUUGCCGUUUCUCAUAUUGGCCAUUUGGCGAUUGAACCCGUAUCGUACGCCACCGGACAUGAUGGCCACCCCAACUCCAUUUCAAAUCAACGUUUCGGAAUCCUCCAUAAAGUCUCUCCACGACAAGCUAAGCCUGGCUACAUUCCCAGAUGAGCUCAUUGAUGCAAAUUGGGAACUCGGGGCCCCUCUCUCGCACGUGAAGCGACUGUCUGAGUACUGGCAUAAUGGCUUCGACUGGCGCGCGCAAGAAGCCAAACUGAACAAACUGCCGCAAUUCAAAACCAAAAUUGCCACAGAGAAGUUUGGGGAGCUGGACGUCCAUUUUGUGCACCAGAAAAGCAAGGUGGAUGGAGCGAUUCCGUUGUUAUUUGUUCACGGCUGGCCUGGAAGCUUCAUAGAAGUGACGAAGCUACUCCCUAUCCUGACGGCAGGUUCGGAGACCCAGCCAGCUUUUCACGUUGUUGCACCGUCUCUCCCAGGGUUUGGGUUCUCUGAUGGCCCCAAGGAGAGAGGAUUUGGCUUAAAACAACAUGCUGAAACGGUUCACAAUCUUAUGCUCUCUCUGGGCUACGAUGAAUACGUGACCCAGGGAGGCGACUGGGGCGCCUUCAUCACUCGAUCACAGGGCCUUCUAUACCCCCAAUCAGUCAAAGCCUCUCACCUCAACUUUUUCCCUACCGUCCCGUCCUUGACCAAUGCCAUCUACCACCCCAUCACCACCCUUCAGGUAAUGUUUAACUUCGUAACAAAUUACGCCGAAAGUCGCAGGCGCCUUGCGAAAACCUCCACCUUCCUUCAAGCUGGGAGCGGCUAUAAUGUAAUCCAAACCUCGAGGCCACAGACGAUUGGUUACGCCCAAGCCGAUUCCCCGGUCGCCUUGCUUGCUUGGAUUUACGAGAAGCUGCACGACUGGACAGAUGCAUACCCCUGGACGGAUGACGAGGUCCUAACCUGGGUAAGCAUCUAUUGGUUCUCGGCUGCCGGACCGGCCGCCUCGAGCCGUAUCUACCAUGAGGCUAGGGCGACGGAUGUCAAACCAAAGAACGGGGAUAUUCACCUCAUACAGGCUGCUAGAGAUUAUAGCUCUGGGCCGAAAUUUGGAUUGUCCCAUUUUCCCAAGGAACUGAUGCCGAUGCCUUAUUCAUGGGGCAGCAUGGUGGGGGCGGUUGUGCAGGAGGUCGAGCAUGAGUCAGGUGGGCACUUUGCUGCAUGGGAGAAACCUGAGGAACUAUGUGGGGAUGUGAGAAAGAUGUUCUCUAAAGGUGGACCAUGCUAUGGGAUCGUCAAAGGGAGGGAUGGAUAUGUGAGCGGUACCAUGUAACCCGUGGUAAGACCGCAGGAGUGGAACGCAUAUGAAGUGCCGUGAAGUUCGACGUGGGUGUGGGAAGAGGGCUGCAGCAUGUAUAACCAGGUUGGAGCACGCCGGUCAACAAAUCCCUGCUCAUGAAUGAGCUAGAACUUCCCCAUGUAACGAAUCCUUAACAAAACAAACCAAACUGGGUACAAGGUUGGGUCCAUUGUGCAGUGUGGCUAGGUUACACCCAUAUAUUCUUAAUAUAUCUUAGGUGAAACGCCAAUUAAGUGGUUCGUUGUGCCCAAAGCCUUGGGCAAUAUAAAACGAC